AUUCCUCAGCCUCUUUCCUGGGCUGCUUUCUGAACUGCUCAGCCAAGCAUCAUGGAAGAGCCAAUGUGCCUGAUUGAGAACAACCCCAACGAACAGCUGCGGGUCAACCAGGAAGCCCUGAAGAUCUUGCAGAGCAUCCAGCAGCCCGUGGUUGUGGUGGCCAUCGUGGGACUGUACCGCACUGGCAAAUCCUACCUCAUGAACAAAUUGGCAGGAAAGAAGAAAGGAUUCUCUCUGGGUGCCACCAUACAAGCAGAGACCAUGGGCAUCUGGAUGUGGUGCCUUCCUCACCCUGAAAAUCCUGACUAUACCUUGGUGCUUUUGGACACGGAAGGACUGGGUGAUGUGGAGAAGAGCAACAUCGAGAACGAUGCAUGGAUCUUUGCCUUGUCCAUUCUGCUUAGCAGCACCUUGGUCUACAACAGCAUGGGUACCAUUGACCAGUUUGCCUUGGAAAAACUGCAGUAUGUGACAGAGCUGACUAAGCGAAUCAAGGUAAAAGCUACAACCACGAAGACCUAUGAGGAUGGAGAGGAGGAAAACAGUGAAGACUUUCUCAGGUUCUUUCCAGCCUUCGUUUGGGCCGUGCGUGAUUUCACACUGCAGCUAAAGCUGAAUGGAAGCCCCAUCUCUUCUGACGAAUAUCUGGAGAAUGCCUUGAGGAGGAAGAAAGGACAACCUGAGAAGCUGGAUCUUGCCAAGAAAUGCAUCCGCCAAUACUUCCCCAGCCGCAAGUGCUUUGUCUUUGACCGCCCGGCUGGAAGUCGAGACUUAUCAGAACUGGACGACCUGUCUGAAAAGAUGCUAAGCCCCAACUUUGUGGUGCAAGCGCACCGCUUCCGCCAGCAUAUAUAUGAGAGCACUCAGCCCAAAAUGAUCCAAGGAGGACACCUGGUGACCGGGACAUGUGAGUAGAAGGCAAGGGACCAGAAAAAAUGGAUGUGUUAGC